ACUUUGGAAAAAGGUCAAACUCAAUUCACAAAUAUGACUUGACAACUACAACACAUUGAUGAUUGAUUAUUGAAGAUACUAUCUCUCUCAACAAUUGAAAAUUCUAUGAUUCCUCCCUUCCAUAAGUUGAUUUCCACAUCGAAUUCCACUUCCCUCUCUCUCUCUACCAAACUCCACGCGCCGUCCUCUCCUCCUCCUCCUCCUCCACCACCACCACCACCACCACUGUCACUUCUCUCUUCUUCUCUCUCUGUUUCUCCUCCUCCUCCUCUUCUUUGUAUCUCCACAGUUUCUUACCUUGAAGACGAAGAGGACAACAAGGAUUGAGCAAUUCUCUGUCUAUGUGUCUCUAGAAGAAGAUAUGGGCGGAGUUACUUCAUCAAUUGCCGCCAAAUUCGCCUUCUUUCCGCCGAACCCUCCUUCGUAUACUGUGAUCGCUGACCAGGAUAUUGACGGUCGAUUAUCUAUUCCGGAGGUUCCGAAGAAGGAUAACGUUGACGUGCUUAAGCUUCGGACUCGUCGAGGCAACGAAAUCGUGGCUGUUUAUGUCAAGCAUCGCAAGCCGACUGGUACCAUGCUUUACUCGCAUGGGAAUGCCGCUGAUUUGGGUCAGAUGUUCGAGCUCUUUGUUGAAUUGAGCAACAGGCUUCGUCUCAAUGUUAUGGGUUAUGAUUACUCUGGCUAUGGACAGUCGACAGGAAAGCCAACUGAAUAUAAUACAUACGCAGAUAUUGAUGCUGCUUAUAAAUGCUUAAAAGAGCAAUAUGGUGUGAAAGAUGAACAAUUGAUAUUGUAUGGUCAAUCUGUUGGGAGUGGACCCACAGUUGAUCUUGCUUCACGUAUGCCAGGGCUGAGAGGUGUGGUCUUGCACAGUCCAAUUUUGUCUGGGCUGAGAGUACUGUAUCCUGUAAAACGAACAUACUGGUUUGAUAUUUACAAGAAUAUUGACAAAAUUGGCAUGGUGAACUGUCCAGUUUUGGUUAUACACGGAACAGCAGAUGAAGUUGUAGAUUGUUCCCAUGGGAAGCAGCUUUGGGAGCUUUGCAAGGAAAAAUAUGAACCCUUAUGGGUAAGUGGUGGGGGACAUUGUAAUCUAGAGCUUUACCCAGAAUUCAUUAAACAUCUAAAGAAAUUUGUACAGACAAUUAGCAAUUCUAAAGCAACCGCAAAUGGUUCCCGGAAGGAUACAGCAGAAAAAACUGAGAACCAAAGCAAUGCUGCCAAAGAAUCUGAAAGUGGAGCUUCAGAUACAAUUGAUUUGGUUGCUGAUUUGCCAGAAGCUUCUAGAAACAGUUUAGAUAGCCGUCUUGAGAAGUCUAAAAAAUCAAACAAACCAGAAAAAUCUCGAAUGAGCACUGACCAUGUUGAUAGGUUUAGGAGGAAAAAAGGCAUAAUUUGGUAGUUUCUUAUACACAAACCAUAUCCAGAAUAAAUUAUCUACAAGCAAUACUAGGCAGGUAUUCUAAUCCCUCCCCUCCAAGGAAUCAUACCAAUUCUAAAUGAAUAUAUUGAGUGAGAUUUCGGUGUUCUUUUCUGCUUUAGGUUCGUAAUCCUGCUGUCUGUAUGUUACAAUGAUUGAGAGUAAUGUGUAUCUGUACGUUUUGUAAUACCAACAGCUCGAUCUAAAUGCAAUUACUAAGCUCAUCAAUUUGUUCUGUAAAAA